AUGCCGCCCAAAAUCAAAAAAGAAAACGCGAGGCGACUGUUAGCGCCAGGCCCCGAAAGGUUCGACGCGGCGCGAAAAAGCCUGGGAAGAAACAGCUCCAUGAAGAACCGGGCGAUCCAGAAUCCUGUGAUACCUUCCUACAAUGCAAGGGCAAUGAGCAGAAAACUGCCGCAUAUUUGGGUCCUAAAGGCAUACGUUCAUGCCCACGAUUUCAUGUCUUCUGAGAAGAGACAAGAAUACCCGAAACGACAGGUCCUCGAAGUGAUCAAACUGGACGAAACCAGGAUCUCAAAGGCAGAUCCUGCAAAAGAUUGGGAUUACAACGAAGAAGGUGAGACAGAAGAGCGUCAGAAACAGAUGAAAACACGACAUCUCGCAUACCAUCUGUUGAAUCUGGAAGGAGAUGUGCAGGAGUAUCGGAACAACACGCUUCAACACAACAAAGAUCUGGAUGCUGAAUAUAGGACCAAAUUCAACGCUCUGGGCGAACCUCAGGUGCCUUAUGAAGAAUUUGAAAUUCGCAAACCUCCAGAGCUUUUUCGUUAUUCGGAAAAAGAAAGUCGGCUAGAGAGUAUUAAUCGGUGCUACGCACUGCUGCAAUACUUGAAGCACAGCGUGACCCAUCCCCAUAUUUGGGAUGGAAGAAUGAAGUCUCUCGAAUCCAUUCGAGAAGGCGUUCAUGUGCACAUCAGCCAUGUUCCCGGAUGGAUGCAAGUUGAAGAGGAUGAGACUGGAUUGCCGUUUCCUCCUGACGAUGUCUCUGAUGAUGAGGUUGAUAACAAGCCUCUCUCAGUCAGAGUCUUUUGGUAUCAAGAUAAAAUGCUUCCCGGACAUGAAGGCCUGGAAGAAGCAAUCCUGAACGGCAAAUCACGCGAUUUUAAGAUACCAUCAUCUGAUCAAUCCCUUUCCAAGGACCCUAGGCUCUGCAAGUCUGGCGGGGUGUUUAGGGACAUGAUUCGCAAGAUGUUCAACUGUCAAGAAUUGCGUCUGGACAUUCGAGACCUCGAACUGCGGUAUACAUCGGCAACAAACGAAUGUGGAGCCUCGAAAGAUCUCCUAAGUUGUGAAUGGGAGGAAUGCAAAGCCGUCUUUGCGAGUGACGAGAAUACCGACUUCGUCAUCAAAUUGGUGCUUUAUGCAGUCGAAGACCCCAGCGCAGACAUUCUUGAAAGCGACAACUUGCAGCCAGAGUUGGAGAUGAUGGCCAAUGACGAUGGAAACGCCGGUGAGAUAUCCCAACCAGGUCCUGAGAAGGCCAAUGCCUACUCACUCCGUGGAAUCUUUGGAUCAAGGAGCUUUGCGGGCCUCCAUGGCACUGGCGGGGCGCCAAAGCCGCGCAAGUUCAGCAAAAGAGAACAGUCUCUGAAAUAUUACGGCGGGUUUAAUGUGGCCUCUGAAUCUGGUCGCACAGGCUGGCAAAAGUCCAUGCUGCAUGAUGUGGCAAGGAUGGUUCCGCCUCAUUGCGUCAAGCGUGACAAGCCACCGCAUGACUUUACGUCCGCUGAAAAAGCAGCAGCCACAGAAGCUGAGUAUCAGGCAGAGCGUCUGAGGGCCGAGGAUCAUAGCGAGCCUAAGAGCAAGAAGAACGUUGACUACUAUACUCAACAAAAAGCGUUCUCGGGCACGGAAAACCGGGUUGGACCUCCCGUUGAUUUGUGCUUGGAUCUCCUGCUCUGUGAAUUGGAGGGCGAUCGAUACCGAGCGACUUUGUUCCAGGAAUUUACUCACAACAUCACAUUCUAUCACUAUCAGAUCUCUGGCGCGGUCGGACUUAUCCUCAAGCAAUAUGGCGAGAUAGACGCAAACAAGCUCAUCGGCAGUGCGGGACUCGACUCAAAUGACCCUCGUGCUGAGAAAGUCAAACUUGCAGCCAAGAAGCUAACUGAUCUCCAAACCCAUUGCGUUAUCUUAGCCGACGAGACCGGGUUUGGAAAGACAAUAACAUGUCUUCUUAUGCUUCUGAUGCGCACUAUGCCUACCGAGAUCAUGAAGCCAACACUGCUUGUAGUUCCCGCCACUGUCAUUGGCCAGUGGCUGACUGAAAUUCGUGGACAUUGGCCUUGCUUCCGUCCGAUUCUCUCCUACAACGAUAGCGAAUGGGAAGACGCUCUUGGGCUUGACUCUAUUCCAGCGCAGGCAAUGCGUGACCCAGAACACAACCUACCUCCUAGCUUGAACUGGCUCUUUGAUGAGGAUAACCUCGAGGCUUCGAAAGCAAUUGUUGUUACCACCUACAACACCCACCUUCGUCGAUCCCUGUACCGGGAGAGAAACGAUUGUAUAGACGAAGGAACCACUGGCCAGCCCCGAUCAGCCGAGAACCAAACACGCUGUCAAGGGAAAUUCGGAGUUCUCAUAGCCGAUGAGGCGCAGCGCUUCAAAAACAAAGCCUCAGCAACCUGGGCUAUGCUCUUUGCUCACCGGUUUGAGAAGGUUGUGGCUGUGACAGCUACACCAAUGUUCAACUCAAUCAAGGAUAUUCUCGGCUUUAUUGAGCACUUUUGGCAGCUUGUCGAGCCAGAGUUGGAAUUUCGGAAGACCCAAGACGACUGGAGAGAAGAUGAGCUUCCUAACGGAAAGCAGUCCCCCAGCAUGAAGAUGGAGAGAUUUGCUGGACUUGAGCGCUUGGAUCCAAGACGUCUCAAACUCCUAAACCCAAAACUAAUUCAUCGCGUUUUGAGAAGUGAGAGCGACCAGCACAAACGGGUAGCUGAAUAUCUUGGGCUGCUGUUUGACUUGGUUAUGAUUCAACGUGGUCAUGCCUCUGUGCUUCCUCAAGAGUCUGGCAAAGGGAUCUCGUUCAAGGAUAUGGUCCCAAAAUUGGAGUGGAGCACGGCGGACGUGAAGCUUUUGCCUCAUGAAAUACAGGAGCAUCAAGUCUUUCAUCGGUUGGCUGCAAGCCUCUAUACUUCGGAAUUUGUCAAGCGGAGCCGCGCCAAUUUAAUCUACGCUCUGCGUCAGUUUAGUAUCCUCAGCUUUUCAAUCAUAGGCGCUAGACUCAACCGGCUCAUGGAGGCAACUAAAGGUGACACCUAUGUACGCCAGCUUGCUCAUUGGCGUGUGCAACACAAGGCGGGCGAAUUCGUUCACAGAAUGACACGCAGAAAGGGUGAAAUAGGCAGAAUCAAGGUUGCCCGGGACCUCAUCAGGUAUCUUGCACACGGAUCUCCAGCAAUUCGCUUGGUUUGCAAGCAGAUACUCGAGAUCAAAGCAGUGGAGGCUCUGGGAAAACAUCUUCGCGGAUAUCAGAAGCUUCUCAUUGGAGAAUCUCAUCCAUUCAACGCGUGGUUUUUGGAGGCGUUUCUACGAGAAAUGUUGAUCGAUGCUCGGGUCUUCCAUUCACGUCUGGACAACUCGGAUAGAGCAAAAUUGGUCAAGGAGUUCAAUGAUCCUGAAAGUUCCAUUCAGUGCCUUAUAAUGACCUAUGAUGUUGGGGCCAUCGGGCUAAAUCUUCAUGAGGCUUGCAAUAGGGUCGUUAUCACUUCAAUCGGGAUCAAUCGCGCCCAAGAGUCACAGCUUGCUGGUCGGAUCUUACGAAUCACAUCCAAAUUCCCGGCCAAUGUGGUUCGGCGUAUGACUCCAAACUCGCAUGAUCAGUUCAGAAGCGCUCGCCAGAUGGAAAAGGCGUCCUUACAGUUAGCCGUGAACGCCAAAAACCCCGACAUCAGCAACCUCAUCGUUAAGCUCCUUAACGAACUACAACCGGAGGUUGAUCGCUGCCAUGCUUCACAGGAAGGCCAGAAGCUUUUCGGUAAUGCCCAGGGGAGUGGUAGGCAGACAAGUGCGAAACAGCCGCCAAUUAGCCAGGCUCCUGAAGAAUCUUCCCCCAGCCACGAAGAAAUGCAAAUAGAGGUGGAGGUGGAGAGAGGGACCGGAGUCACCGACAGGCCCACUGAAGAGGUAACGGAGCCUGAAAAUGCCCUCAAUCAGGUCAACGAAGACGACAUAUGCGAGGAAGUUGACUCGAAUUAUGACACCGAGGAUGACUACGAAGGCUAUGAGCUCUCAGAUGCCGAUCUCGAAUCACAAGUCGGUGAACCAGGAACCUCUGAGACGGAUGAACUUCGUCCAUACAAGGCAUGCUAUGAUUUCGCAGAGAUAAGCCAGCCGAGCGAGGAGGAAGGGUAUCGCCUCGCUCUUCUUGCACUGCCGCCGAACAAGACCUGGACACUUCAAGACCUGGAAACAGAGUACUUUCUCCACAUGGGUCUCCGGUUGCUGUAUAACAGGAUCCAUGGGAUCAAGCGACUGUCCCUGGGAAAGAAUAUCCACAUUCACUACGACAAUCUCCCGAACCGCCUUCUCAAUAGAAUCAGCAAGACACUUACAAAGACGGAAACGAAGAAAAUCCAGCAUCUUUUGAAAAAGUGA